AUGCCAGACAGUCCUCCAUCUCACCCGCCAUCUCCGCCCUCUCCGUCGCCUGCAUCUCCUCAGACCAUGAGCUCCCUCGAAAACGAGGACGAGAGCGUCCGUAUUGCCAUUCGAGCACUGGGAGAUAUGAAAAACGGUGCUCGCGCAUCGUCGUCAUCAUGCAAGUCUCUCACUACUAAUCAUGCUAACACGGCCUCUUCAUCGUCCCCCCAAUAUGACGUCUCCCCUGACUUCGUGUCACGGGUCUCUAAUCUGCCAAUAGUAAAUACCGCACUGCGGGCGUACGAACAAGGAAAAGCUAGUUCACGAGUCGUGAAGUAUGGAGCGGAGAUGAUGGAGUCAUCCGUUAAGAGUAUAUCCCGGCCCGUAAUCGAGCGACUGCCUGUCGAGCAACUCGACGAAUUUGCCUGCAGACAAUUGGACAAGUUGGAGAGAUACCGCCGACCGUCAAGUGUCGAUUCAGACAGGAUGCAAGUUGAUCAGAUUGAACAUCAUCCUCGACACCAACGGCAUUCUCAGUCCCCGAGCGAUCAUCACGCCACAAACCCCAACGAAUUGCAAAGUGGUGGUAGCCGUACACCGACGCCCCGAUCACAGGUUCCUGACGCGGCGCCCCCGGACCAGGAUGGGCAAGCCGUCGUACAACGAAGUCGAUGGCAAGCUGUUCUCCUCGAAGCUGGGGGCAUUGGUGCGGCCGUUAGUGAGGAGAGUAUGCGGAGACUGAAGUAUUGUCUCCAGUGGCUUCAAUAUGCGACUGCCCAUAUUGAUGCACAAAUCGUUAUCUUGCGCGACUUCAUCGCAUCGCUCCAGCCGGAUGGGACCGCCGCUUCUGAUUCGGCCGACUCAUUUGUAUCUCCAACACACAUGCGCACGUUGACAGAUGUGCGCCGAGACGUCGUUCACACCGUCAGGCAGGUCGUAGGCGUAGUGAGCGAGUAUGCCGGCGGUGCGCUUCCCGAACCUGCACGCGUGCGCGUGCGAGGAUUCAUUCUGCAUCUGCCUCAGCGCUGGGCGAGUGCAAGUGCGUCUGUGCCUCAUUCGCAGGGUAUACCUGAUGGUGCGCCGGGUGCAAAAUCGGUAGCGGGUGCCUCUACCGGGAGUGCGGCGCGUCGUGGACGGAGCACUCGGCAUCUGAGGGAACGUAGUGCCGGCGGUCCGGAUAGAUCGAUAUCUGGUACGCCCGCAUCGAGUCGAGCGGCGUCGCCUAUCACAACGCAACGUGGUGGACGCUCUCCCACUGCAAGUGCAGUCACUCGGGCUGCUCGGCAAAUCUUGACGCUUGCAACGGAGAGCUUGGAUAUGAUGAGAGGCGUGACGGGCGUAGUAAAAGAGUCACUCGAUCGUGCUGAUGCAUGGGUAGAAAGGUUACGUGUCGUUGGCUUGCAGCGUCAACAGGAGUCUCAGGUCACGCAAGAACGGCUGGAGUAUCCGUCCUCAUUCACAUCCAUUUCUGGGUCGACGUCCACUUCGAUAUCUAUCGGAUCCUCGUUGCUUACGGACCAUCGGCAGUCAUUGCCGGGGUUGUCAUCGACACCGUCGACGCCUGCCCAAGCUAGUACGCCGUUUUCUGUACCGUCCACUCCAGCGGCGUAUGCUUCACCUGAUGGGAUGGCACGGGGAGUUCAACUUAUGGAGGGACCCUCGCUCAGUGACCUACGAUUAGAUGGGGACAGCGAGCACGAUGCUACGAGUGGAGGUGGGGGUCAAGCUCCGAAGAAUGGAAAAGGAAAGGAGCGGGCCUGGUCGCAGGCCUCGAGCUCUGAAUAUGACUCCGCACGAUGAAAACGAUCGAGUUCUACUUAUGCUUAUGUCCCGUGCCUGGUCGAGUUGACAUGUUCAAGGUGGAUGAAAUUUCCGACGGUGCUUUUUUUAUGUCUGAGGCCGUUAAUUUGGAAUAUCUCAAAUUCCGCUUUGCUCAAGGGGCUUGCGGUGGAUGAGUUUUGGCUCCGCAGGUGGGGAUCACUGAUAGGGGUAGUUUGUAAUUAUGUAAUCAUCGGAUCAGCUUUGUGCUUAUUACGACUACCCUAUGAC